GUUUUGUUGAUUCGGCAGUCGUUUUUUUCUUUCCUUUUUGUUUCGGCUGUUCAGUAAUACUCGCUCGUCGCUGAAUCAACCAGCACAAUUCUCGACACUUUACAGUCAUAGUGGCGGAGAGCGACAUUGAGCGACUGAGAGCGACAGAAAAGCACCGAGAUUCAAGCUUCAGUUAUGGCGUCCGACCGGCGGACAGUCCGGAUGCACCUCAACCGCCUGCAGCCAACGCAGCUGCUGCGGUUGUUCCCAGUCACGCCUGCGCAGGUCGACCGCUACGUGGCCGCGCUGGCCGAGUCCAAGGCGGCGGGCAAGUCCAAGUCCCGCGCUGCCGCGUCUGCUGCUUCAUCUGCUUCUGCCGCCGCGUCGUCCCUGUCCUCGUCGUCGUCGUCGUCGAUGGGUGCAAGCGCGCACGAUGAACGACAUGGCAAGCGAGGCGCUUCGGCCACUGCUGCAGGGCGUGGCGCCCGUGCGGUGGUCAAGACGGCGGGAGUCCCAGCUCAUGCUCAGCGACUCGUGCGCGAGCAAAUCCUCGACCUCGUCAUGAAGACACACAUGGCGAACGGGAUGUCAGUUGAUGAUCUGGCAAAUGCAGAGCUGACUUACGUACAAUCAACACACACGUCGCGAAAGAGUUGGAGAUCGUUGCGCUUGGUAUACCUCGACAGCGAUACUCCCAAAGUGGAUGACAACGAAUCGAAUGCUCUGAACGCUCUGGCUCCUGCUGCCGAAUUGGCGUGGCGCAAGGCAGUGCCCCCGCACGCCCUUCAAGCAGCCAUCCACGAACGCAUGAAUGUGUUUUUUCCCACGCAUGUUCUCGUCCAUCAUCUACCCGACGCGGCUUGGAUUCGCCUACAAAUGCGCGAGGAAGGCCGGCUGCAACCGUAUCCGGACUCGACGGUGAUUCUCGUGUAUUACCCCCACACCCGAAUGAUUGCGUCCCAGCCAAUGAAGCAAUUCUACAAAAACUACCUGUUGCAGACGCUCAUUGCCGUGCUGGGUUGCGCGAGAAUCGAUGAGCUCGCAUUAACCACGCCGCAGCUCGAUUCGCUUGCUGCCAUGUCGCUGCAUAACGACGCCCAGGGUCCCUACAGCGCGCUUGCACUCAACCAGACAGAUCAGCACCCACUGGCCCGUCGGCGACGAAAGGUUUCAGCACAAGGGCGGGAAGAAUUUUCUAACAUGGACACCCAGGUUAUUGUACAAGAGGACGAAGAAGAGACACAGCAGGUCAAGCGCGUUGCAUUGGAGCAGUUUGGACCCAACGCCCAACCUGUGCUCAAGGAGGUGGCUCUGAGCAGCCAAACGCUCUUCCAGGGCACCUCGUUGGGAGUUCCAUUUAGUAUUCCUUCAAAGCCAUUUCGGUGCAAGAUUGUUCUUCGCGGGCCAAGUGUGAUUGAAGGGUUGAAGGAAUUGACGCAACGUGGGAUGGCGGCAGCGCAGCUCCCUCCAUACCUCGCCAAUCUCCACUCGACCGGGAUGAACUCAAUGUCCAUCCUGGAGGACGGUUCUGUUGCUGGUGUGCCCGUGCAUGCCUUUCCAUCCCGGGGUUCUCGUUAACAAGAGCAUGUCAAUAAACGCGGGCUAAAUGCAGCUCUGCGUGUUUCAUUCCGGCUUUUGCUUCCAUCGUCGACGGCUUUAUCUCUUCGUUCCU